AUGAUCACCCCAACCUCUCGCGGGACCGACGAGACUCCUGACAAUAUUGUGCACGGUUUGCGGCAAUUUAUGUGCUCGUUUUCUCCGGUUCCACCUCGAGCUCCAAUGACUGAGUCUUAUGUCGAAAAAGAAUUGGACAACUGUAUUCAUGUGUUCGUCCGGUGUUACCGGGUGCGCCAGCCGCUGAAAUCACCAUACGAAGGACCGUUCCGCGUGCUCGCGCGCAACGCCAAGACCUGCCGGAUUCUUCGCGGUGACAAGGAGGACGUGGUCAGUUUCGAUCGGGUCAGGGCUGCUGUUGCAGAGGAGCCGCCGGACCUGGAACAAGUACAAAAUAUGCUGAUUCCCUUAUUCCUUUUCCUCUAUCUUCCCUAUCCUCUGUUCAGUCACCCUGCCCACUGCCUCGCCCUUCCCCUCCCUUGCUCUCUGCCCCUCCUUCCCGCAUACUUCCUCUUCCUACAUGUCGACAGCAUCCAACUACAACACCAUCGUCCACCACAGCAUGCAGUCGAUGCUCUUCGACUGUACCUCCUGCUUACAGCACUCGCAGUGGCCGUCACGUUCAUUUACCGGAUCAUUUAG